AUGUCUUCAAGUACACAUCAAUAUAUUUUAUACUUUGUUGGUACACUUAUUUUAAUCCAUUCUGGUUAUUCAUCAUUUGAAUUUCAUAAAAUUUCAACUCAUUAUCAUACUGAUUAUCGAUUGCCUCCCUUGGAUAUAAUACUAGAAUCAGUAAUUGGGAUUAUUUUAUUACUAAUUGGUUCAAUUGUUUCUAUUCAGAAUCAACCGUUUUUAUCUAUUAAUAAAGACACGCAUAAUAAGAUUAUCAAAAAUGAUUCUAAAUAUUUGAAAUUUAUUGAGAUGAAAGAUGCUGUACAAUUGAGUGAAAAAGUUGGAAUCACUGAUUAUGAAGAAUACACUAGUAGAGCUUGCUUUAUAGAUAUUAAUCAGAAAAGAAAGGAAUAUAAUGAUUGGCUUGAAAAGGAAUAG